AUGCCGUAUGACAGUUCUCACGAACCGGAAACUAUUGAACUAGAUCAAACCUUCUUGGAAACUGUAGUGUACCUGGAUCGCACGUAUCAAUCUUAUGCCAUCAAUAAUCUCACAUACCUUGUGCCAAUCGAUGAGGAAGAGGUUGAACGGCUUCACAUCAUGCACAAUGUCCUGUUUCGCAUCUUCGAUGGACGACUGAUCUUUGCACCUAUACACCGCCCCAGAAGAAUACUAGAUUGCGGCUACGGGACCGCUUCCUGGGCUAUGGAGGUUGCACAAUUACACCCUCGAUGUGAAGUUAUAGGGAUCGAUAUAAACCCUACGAUGGGGCCAGAGGAAAUGCCGGCUAAUCUCUAUCUACAAGUAGAUGAUUUGAAUCGAAGGCUUUCCUUUGAUUCUCACCACUUCGACCUUGUUAAUUCGUGGCUGAUUGCCCAAGGCAUUCAUGUGAACCGAUGGACACAGUACGUGCGAGAUCUGUUACGAGUGAUAAGGCCAGGAGGCUGGUGUCAGAUGGUAGAAAUAUAUUUCAAUGUCCAGUCAGAUAACGGGAGUCUCACGCCUGAUCAUGCCUUAUACCAGUGGAGUGCAAAAUACCUCGAGAGCAUGAACGGUUUAAAGGAUCUUCGUGCUGCUACUCGACUUCCGAAUCUGAUGAGAGAUGCGGGAUUCGUUGAUGUCGAGAGCAGGAUGAUAUCACUCCCUACUUGUGCCUGGCCAUCAAAUGCGCGUGACAAGGAAAUUGGAGCUGCGAAUCGAGAUAAUGUGCAACGAAUGCUUUAUUCUUUUGCAAUAUUUCCCUUUACGGAGCGGCUUGGUAUGACGAGUCAAGAUGCGCAUCAUCUUAUUGACCAAGCAUGUGCAGAAGCUGAUAAUCUUACUUUUAAGGCAUAUUUCCCUUUGUAUGUUUGUAUUGGCAGAAAGCCGCGUUCACGCAGAUGGGGUUUCUAG